AUGACCAGCGAGCUCCGGCUGCCCGCCACGCUGCUCAAGCAGCCCUCUGCGUACAGCAAGAAGUUCAAGAAACAGCCCGCCUCGACGGCCGCAGGGGCCAACUCCCCCGUGUCCUCCUCGCCCUCCCACAGCUUGGCCCGCAAACCUCCCCCACCCGCCCCCGUCGUCAGCGCAGCCCAGCCUCCCGUGGCCCCCAACAAGCCUGACCCCGCCCAACUCCGCGCCCUCUCUGCCCACCGCCCCAGCCCCCUCGGCCCUCCUCGCCCGUCUCUCCCUCCACAGGCCCUUGCCUCCCUAGACCUGACCCCCCCUGUAUGA